AUGCUCAAGGCCCUCGUCGCCGCCGCGGCGCUCGCCGCGCCGGCAUUCGCGACAGUACAGGAUGACUGCCUCGCUCUCACGCCAAAGACGAUCGUGACCAACUCGACGGUCAGAGUGCAGACGUUCGUGGCUUCGGGCACGAAUCUCACCUUCCCCGAGCAGAAUGCGAACUGCGGACGCGCGAGCCAGGUUGUCAGGGCGAAUUUGUGCCGAAUUGCCAUGAAUCUUACCACGUCGGCCAAGUCUGAGGUUGUGACGGAGAUCUGGCUGCCUGAGAAGUGGAAUGGUCGCAUGGUGACUGUGGGUGGCGGAGGUCUGGACGGAUGUGUGCACUAUGAGGAUCUCGCAUACGCAACUGCCAACGGCUUCGCGGCCGUGGGCACCAACAACGGCCACGACGGCACCUCGGGCGUGCAGUUCCUCAACAACGACGAGGUCGUGACGGACUUCUCAUUCCGAGCGCUCCACGUGGGCGUCGAGGCCGGCAAGCAGCUCGUGCAAACCCUCUACAAGAGCGGCGCCAAGAAGUCCUACUACCUGGGCUGCUCCCUCGGCGGCCGCCAGGGCAUCCAGGCCGCGGACAUGUUCCCCGAAGACUUUGACGGCAUCGUCGCCGGCGCCCCCGCCGUCGACUUCAACAACCUCUACUCCUGGCGUGCCGGCUUCUUCCCGCUGACCGGCGCCGCCGACUCCAAGGACUUCAUCAACGCCACCGUCUGGAAGACGACCAUCCACGACGAGGUCCUCAAACAGUGCGACACCAUCGACGGCGCCGAGGACGGCAUCAUCGAGGACCCGUCCCGCUGCCACUUCGACCCGUCCAAGAUCCAGUGCAAGGACGACACCAAGGACAAGGGCCAGGGCUGCCUCACAGCGCCGCAGGUCGAGAUCGUCCGCAAGAUCUUCGCGCCGACCAACUACCCCAACGGCACGCUCUUCUGGCCGGGCAUGAACCCCGGCAGCGAGAAGGUGUCGGCCGACGGGCUGUACGCCGGCAAGCCCUUCGCGCUGUCCGAGAACUGGUUCCGCUUCGCCGUCAAGAACGACCCCAAGUGGGACCCGGCGACGUACAAGCUGGACCCGGACGGCAUCGACGCGGACAAGAAGAACCCGGGCCGCAUCCGCACGAACCCGAGCGAUUUGUCAAAGUUCAAGGCGCUCGGUGGCAAGCUGCUGAUGUACCACGGCACGCAGGACAACCAGAUCACGAGCCUGCACACGCCAAUCUUCUACGACCGCCUGGCGAAGGGCAUGGGGCUGGAUAACAAGGGCAUGGACGAGUUCGUGCGCUACUUCCGCAUCUCGGGCAUGUUCCACUGCACGGCGGGCCCGGGGGCGUGGGUUGUCGGUCAGGGCGGCGGCGCGGCGGCGAUGAAUGAUAAUUUGCCUUUUGACGCGGAGCACAAUAUCCUUGCUGCUGUGGUGAACUGGGUCGAGAACGGGGUUGGUCCGGAGACGAUUAAGGGGACGAAGUUUGUGAAUGACACUGCGGGUUUGGGUAUUGAUUUCCAACGCAGGCAUUGCAAGUACCCGUUGGUGAAUUCGUUUGGAGGUUCAGGGCCGCAUGGGUCGAAGGAUGUUGAGAACUGGACCUGCAAACCCCCAAGCUGA